AUGAUGGAAGACUUCAGAAAUAUUGCCGAUGAGACAUUUCCAAGCUUCUUGGGCCAUUCACUGAGUAGCAGUGCAAGUGUCAUUUUUGAAAAUGUUACUAUUUCCUCAAACCCUGGCUUACCUGUUGCUGCUUCAACUGUUGCCAGGAGUAAAACGGGCUGUGACAAUAGGCUUUCUGAUGUCUGUGCAUCCUAUUUAGAAGAGAAACAUUCACCUCCAUCAGGAUCUUCUCACAGUAAUCAGUCAGAUCCUGAGCCAAUGGGGAGAUUUGCCCUCAGCUUUCGUGAUGACAUGGAAGUUGCUAUACAAGUUAAAGAACCACAGCCAACUUCUGUUGAUUUGAAAGAAUCCCACUCAAUAUACGGAGAGCAAGAUCAGAAUGUCAUUGAGCAUUCAAAUUGCAGUCAAGAUACCUUACUUGAGGUAUUGCCACUUGAACGAUUGGAAGAUUUGUCAACUGGAAUAUGUUUUCUUCCAGAAAGUAAGAAUAACAAGGUUGGUCCAUCUGAACCUUCUGAAAAGCUGAUAGAAGGUGAAAUCUCAAGUGAUCAUCUUAGCAAUAGCCUUUCAAGUUUUUUGGAAAAUGAGAAACUCUCAUCUCUUGCAAGCUCAGAAGAAGAUUCCACUGAUGAUGAUAUUGAUGAUGAAGAGUUCUUUGAUAACCAACUAGAAGCCUAUUUUGAGCAACUGAUACAACCAGAAAUGACAAGAGGAGACGUCGACAUACAGAAACUCUCGGAAUGCUGUACAGUGCUGAAGCUUUCUGAAAAUGGCUUAUUUCAAGAGAACUUUCAGGUUCCUGACACUUACCAGGCUGUGACAGGAGUAGACUCUGGAAAUGCUAGUGAUGAAGAUUCACAAAAUCAAGGGAUAACUGGAUGUCCUGUGCAGAGAGAAAUGCUGCCCAGAGCAGUAUGGCAACUGAAUUCCAUGACUACUGGAGAUGUGCUAGAUUCCUGCACUGCUGCUGAGUUGCGGUUAGAUUCACUGUAUCUUCAGUGCAUGAACAGCCAUAAAGCUGAUGUCUCGGAUGUCCUUCCAAAGCAAGAAAUACAGUCCUCUGAGUGUCAGGCUGCUUCUUUUGAUGCAGAAGUACUACAUACAGCAAGAGGAAUUUUGGGGCACUACACCACUCCUAAAGUUCUUCUUAGUGCAAAUGCACCUCAAACAGAUGCAACUGGAUGUGAAGUAGGUCUUGCUGAUACUUACCUGUCUCCUACUGCAGACAGCUGUGAGAACAUAAGUUUAGCUACAACAGACAAAGGUGAUUUACCACACAGCAUUGUCUAUCAAAAUGAAGAGGGCAAAUGGGUGACUGAUCUUGCAUAUUAUACUUCAUUUGAUGAAGAACAAGAUUUAAAUCUGUCUGAAGAUGAUAUAAAUGAGGAGUUCAUUACUGGAUCUGAAGCAGCAGCUAUGAUUGCACAAGAUCAGGAAGAAUUUGAGAAAGCACACAAACUUGUGCAGGUGGAAAAAGUAGACAUAGUAAAUGCAUCUGAAUUAGCAGAUACUUCAUGGAAAUCUGCCAAUAGCUGCAUUCUGCUGAGAACAUCUGAUCUUGAUAAAGAUGCCAGUUAUUUACGUUUGUCUUUGGGGGAGUUCUUUGGUCAGAGAUCUGAAGCUCUUGGUUGUCUUGGUGGAGGCAGUGAUGUGAAACGGCCAUCUUUUGGUUACUACAUUACAUCUCCGAAGAAAAGGCAACCUGUUGCUUUGCUAAGGCAAUCUGAUUCAUCGGGAGGUGACACUGGCCAAGAGAUUUCGCAGUUGUCUGAGGUGUUUCCAGAUGACUUAGAAGCACAAACAAAAGAACAUGCAAAUUCUACCAGCUGUGAAGGUGCAUGGCAUAGGAUGGGUAAUACAUCUGGAAUACAUAAAAGCAUUAAUAUAGAAGCUGCUACCAAAAGUAAAGCAAAGGAUGGAAUUCAUAAAGACAAGUUUGAAGAUGGCUUAUCUAAUCGCUCUGACUCUGUCCUGAGUAUUAGCACAAUUGCCUCUGCUAUUGCUAAUGCUUCCUCCAGUGCUGAUCCUUCCCAGCUAGCUGCUAUGAUGAUGGCACUUUCUAAUAAAAGUAAAAGAACAUGUUUCCUUCCUGGAGUUGUUAAAGAGACAGAACGCUCUGCUAAUCAGGUCUUAUCCAGCAAUGUGGAAAAUAGUGCAUUUGAUAUGGAAAAAUACCUCAAAAAAACAGAUGAGAUUGGACAUGAAAGUGAAUAUGAGGGUAUUGUGAAACAUGAAGCAUCUGUACAGAACCUUAUGCCUGAUACCUUUUUACUGAGUAAAGAUAAAAAUAAGGAUACUCUUGCAGAAGACUUGAUUAAUAAUCAUAGCAAGCAACAAGAAAUAGAGAAGCAAUUUCUGGAUUAUUUUAAUGAAGGAAAUGAUAUUCAGAAUUUCUCAAGUCUGUCUAGUGUUCCCAACCCUGAAGAUGUAACUGCAAAUAGUGUUAAAUAUUCAGAAAAGUUGUCAGAUUUAGUAAAUACUAAACAUUUACAGUCAGUGAAUGCUGAUCUUAGAUCAGAUAUGCUUGAUACUCAAACCUCACCCACUGGAAAUGAAGCACAGACAUGUGGAAUUCCUUUAGCAGCAAAAAUGGAAGCGGCACAGAGAAGUCCGCUUGCUUAUCAGACCAACGAUCUCAGUAGUAGAUGUUGUAUCAGGGAAGACACAGAAACAGUAGAUAAAGCAACAGAUGCUGUUCCUGAACCAUGUAAUGAUUUGGUGGAAAGUAGUACGGGAGACACUCUGUCACUGAGCAACUUAAAACCUGCCAAGCAAUCCAGUAAAUGUGUCUUGGUAAGUCCUACAAAAGCAAAGCCUACGCAGAAGUUGAACAAUGACGAAAAGAAGCAAAAUGCAAAAAUAGAGAAGAGAAACAAAGAUGCCAGUACUGCUUGCGGUGGGAACGUGAAACAUGUAACUUUUGAGAAGCUCUCCCCAACUUCCCAGAAUAGUGCUGAGCAUAAACCCAUUCAACCUGAAUGUGACUUGCAGCCUCUAGAGGAUGAGCAGUAUAGCUUCAGACCUUCAACUUCACCACUAAUCCACUCUUCUCCUAGUGAGACUUCUGGAACAGCAUUUUCAGGGUCUGAAACUGACUUUACCUGCACAUCACGUUAUGAGGAAUCUUCUUGCAAAGAAAGCGUACUACCUCAGUCAGUUUACUCAAGUCCUAGCAUGAGCAGAUUAACAUACGUCUCUGCAUCUGACAGUACCCUUAGGAACACAGCUGUAAUACACAAUCCGGAGACAUACUGGAGUGAAAAUGCCAGUGAACUGAGCACAACCAUAAUUCGAGCCAGCCCAACUCCUUUGCAGGAACAUACAAAUGAAAAUCUAGAAGACCGAUCAUGUCAAGGAAAUAGAAAAGCAGCACUGCUUAGUAUUGACCAGAAAUCAGAAGAAAAUGAUCUUGCAGGUCUUAAAAGAAAGCUUGAUGUUGUACUGGGUCAAGAACUGUCCAAAGGUUUUCCGAAGCAUGAAAAACAGCAUGCAUCUAUUCCUUCAAAUGUAGCAGCUAAUCAUAAAGAGCUAGAUCAUGUUAAAUCAGCUUUACCAAGUAAAUUCUGCAUCUUUCAGCCACUUUCUGUUAAUGUUGAUGCACAAGAAGUGUGGCAGGAUCAAACAAGCAAAGCACAGAGACAAGGAUUACCAUCCUUGAAUGUAUUACCCGUAUAUCCUGGAUUAAGCACUUAUAUGCCAUUCAGUGAAAACUCAUCUGGUGAACAAUAUGUUCCUAUUUCAAGCUUUAAAUCCCAUGUCACUAACUCCGAGAGUCAAGCAAUUCCUUCGUCUGUUCCCACACUGCUUACAGGACGUUCUCUUGCAACGACUCCAUUUGCACAACAGCAUCUGGGAAAUAUACCAUCUACUGGAAAUACAGUUUUGUCUCAGUUUCAUGGUUGCAGCUCUGCAGGUUUUGGUCUUCCAACAGGGCUUUCUUGUUCCAGUAUCCCAGCAGGACGUGUUGAGAAUCCACUUAUGGUAGGAAUUCCUGUAGGUCCAAAUAUUGGUCCUGGCUCUUUGGGUGCAGCUUCACUUGGUAAUCCACACCCUACUUCCUGGAACAAGAAUAUCUUAAAUAUAAAAUCAUGUACUGGACAACCUCUUGGAGCUGGUAGAAACGAGUGGGAGUUGCCAAAGUCACUUGGUAUUGGACAUGUAAAAGUACCAGAAGAAUUGAAGUUCCCUAAUGCCUGUUGUGUGGGAAUUGCAUCACAGACGGUUCUUAGCAUUUUUAAUCCAACUGAACGGUGGUUGCAGGUCAGCAUUGGAAUACUCAGUGUUUCAGUUAAUGGGGAAAAGAUGGAUCCUGUGAAGUAUCAAUGUCUGGUUUUCAAGAACAAAACCAUCGUAGGACCCUAUUCUACCAAUGACCUGAAAAUACUUUUCUUACCUUGUCAUUCAGGGAUCUUUCAGUGUAUUCUCAAUGUUUCAUCUUGGCCGGUUUCUGCAGAUGCCGAGACAAUCGUUCAGGCAGAAGCUUUGGCAAGUAGGGUAGUUCUGACAGCAGUUGCUGAAAAUCCUGAUUUAGAAGUGGAAACAGGAAAAAGAGAUUAUCUGGAUUUUGGUGACUUGACUUCUGGCAGUUGGAAGGCUCUUCCAUUAAAACUUAUCAACAAAACCCAUGCUUUUGUGCCAAUUAGACUUAUUAUUAAUGCCAAUGCAGUAGCUUGGCGCUGCUUCACGUUUUCCAAGGAACCAGUUAAUCCUUCUAAUGAACAAUCGCUUCAAAUGGAUGCAGUUUCUCAGAUAGCAGCUCCAUCAGUUGUAAAUCAUGUGAUACAUGCAAGCUAUGAUGGGCAAGAUCCUGAAGCUUUAACAGUUUGGGUUCUGUUCCAUGCACCUAAGAAACAAAUUUCUUGUUCAGAUUCCUUGGGUCCAGCAGAUGAAUUCUUGGCAAGAGUUGAUGUGGAAGUGGAUAGUCCAGGACCUAGCAGUGUAAUUAAAAGUAUUCCUCUCCGAGCGAGAGCUGGAACAGCAAGGAUACAUGCUCCAAAGGACUUACAGACAAUAUAUCUGUCUACUAGUGUGGGUUCAACAGCCAAACAGCAGCUGCCUUUGAAAAAUGCUGGAAACAUUGGUGUAUAUUUGAAAGUUAAG